GACAUGACCUCGCGCAGGUGGUUUCAUCCCAACACCGGCGGGGCUGAGGCGGAGCGGCUGCUCCUGUCCAAGGGCCGGCACGGGAGCUUCCUGGCAAGACCCAGCAAGAGCCGCCCGGGGGGCUUCACGCUAUCCGUCAGGCGCCACGACGAGGUGACCCACAUCAAGAUCCAGAACACAGGCGGCUACUAUGACCUGUACGGAGGAGAGAAGUUCGCGACGCUGGCCGAGCUGGUGCAGCACUACACAGGCCAGCGCGGGGCGCUGCUCCGAGAGCGUGGCGGGGCCCCCGUGGAGCUCUGGCACCCGCUGAGCUGCCAGGACCCCACGUCGGAACGGUGGUACCACGGGCACCUGUCUGGCAAGGAGGCCGAGAAGCUGCUGAUGCAGAAGGGGCGUCCGGGCAGCUUCCUGGUUCGGGAGAGUCAGAGCAAACCUGGGGACUUCGUGCUGUCAGUGCUCACACAGCAGCUGGACAGGGCGGACCGCCAGGCACGCGUCACCCAUGUCAUGAUACACUUCCAGCCAGAUGGGAAGUACGAUGUGGGAGGCGGCGAGAGGUUUGACACCCUGGGAGAUCUGGUGGAAUGCUACAGGAAGAACCCUCUGGUGGAGAGGUCGGGGACCGUCGUGCACCUCCAGCAGCCCCUCAAGACCACGAGAAUCAGCGCCACAAGCAUUGAGAGCCGUGUGCGGGAGCUCAACGAGGCCAUGGAUGCCAGCGAGAAGGCCAAGCAGGGCUUCUGGGAGGAGUUCGAGAUGCUGCAGCAGCAGGAAUGCCAGCUCCUGUAUCCCCGGAAAGAGGGCCAGCGGCUGGAGAACAAGCCCAAGAACCGACACAAGAACAUCCUCCCCUUUGAUAGCACCCGUGUCAUCCUGCGUGAUGUGGAGGACAGCGCGCCUGGAGCCGACUACAUCAACGCCAACUACAUCAGGAGUGACCCAGAGGAGAAGCCAGGCCACGGACCAGGCAAGGUGUACAUCGCCACCCAGGGCUGUCUGCCAACUACGGCGGCUGCCUUCUGGGCCAUGGUGCACCAGGAGAACACGCGUGUCAUCGUCAUGACCACCAGAGAGGUGGAGCGAGGCCGGAACAAGUGUUUCCGAUACUGGCCAGAGCUGCACGGCAGCCAAGCGUAUGGCCGCCUGCGUGUGUGCAACGUUGCUGAGCACCAGGCCCAGGGCUAUUGUGUGAGGGAGCUGCAGGUGUGGCGGGCAGACCAGGAGGAGUCACCGCGCACAGUGGCGCACUGCCAGUACUUCGGCUGGCCGGACCACGGAGUCCCGGCCGAGCCCACCGGCGUCCUUGGCUUCCUGGACGAGGUGAACCGGGCCCAGAGCGGCAUGCCGGGGGCCGGACCCAUGGUAGUGCACUGCAGCGCCGGCAUCGGACGCACCGGCACAAUCAUUGUGAUUGACAUCCUGGUGGACGUCAUUCGCAGGCAGGGGCUGGACUGCGACAUCGACGUCCCCAAGACGAUCCAGCAUGUGCGGCGGCAGCGCUCGGGGAUGGUGCAGACCGAGGCGCAGUACAAGUUCGUGUACCUGGCGCUGCAGCGGUACAUCCGGGGCGAGCAGCUACGCCUGCGCGAGCAGCACCCCGGAGGCCUCCGGCCACGUGUACGAGAACCUGCUGCGCCUCCGGCCGUGAGGGCCCCGAGUGCGCGCGCCCCGAUUGGGGCUGGAGCUGUGCGAGAAGGCGGGAGCCCAGCAAGGCCGGCCCUCGCGUUCCUCCAAAGGACUGUGUUUAGGAUUGUGCAGACCGGCGCCCAGCCCAGAGCGUUGCGGGGUUGGGGGGCGGGGGUCCCGGGUCUGCCGCUCAGACCCUCCCUGACCAGGUCUGCACGUCCAGAAAUGGUGAGGGAAGGUUAGGAGAUCCGGUGUCCCUGCCCCUCCUGGAGGAGGGGAGGCAGGGCUGCAGGGCUGCGGUUUGUCUCAGUGUGGGAGGCCACCAGUGACCACCUGCACGGCGCAGUGACGAUGUGUGACCUUUUGUGUGCCACACGUUUGAGUGUCAGCCUGUAUGUGGAACACGAGUGACCAGCAAGUGAGUGCCAGUCCGUGGUCACCAGCGUUUGUGCCCCUCGCCCCUGCAUCCUGCAUGCUCCCCACCCCUUCCAAGCUGCUUCUCAGCCCUGCCCACAGCCGUGGUCUAGGAUGUGGGCCAGGCAGUGGCUCCGUCCCUGCCGUGUCCAGGCCUAGCCCAGACCGUCACGUUGCUGUCACGAGUGGACACGUGUUUGUUGAAUGAGAGAAUAUGUGACGUGCUCGUGUGACCACGGAGACGAGGGCGAGGCUCCAUGUGUGCCUGGCUGGUUUGUGAUGGUGUGAUGUCACUGGCCUGUGGUCCACGGCUGCACCCUCCCAUCAUGGAUGUCCCUGUGGCUUUGUGGUCUCAGUAAAAUGCCUUCUUCUCA